AAUGAGACUUUAUCUUAACAUUUUGAAUCCAGAUUGAGUAGUCGCAGGAAUGUCUAAUAUUAAAGCACAAACAUACUCUACAAAGCUUAAGGCAUUGAAUGAAGCCUGUUUUAAACUCGUUAACAAUGCAAGUAAUUUACCGUCUUCAAAUGAUAUCACCAGUUUGUUAAAGUUUUUUCAAAAUACUUUAUAUAAGUAAUUCAAAAUACCAUUUAAUUGCUUCCAUAGUAUACUAAAAGAUAUUAGCGUCCUAUCUCCGGAGCGUUUUGCGAAUAGAGACAAUGACUUGGAGUGGAGGGCCAAAUAUUUACCACAGCUUGAUUAUGGCACUCUUUAUUUAUGUGUCUUGACAAUUUCAGAGCAUAUACAAAAGCUUACAAAUCAAAGCGCUGUCUGUGAGCAUCUGCUACGAACUGUUCAAAGUCUUAUCUUUUGCCUGGACUACGACUGCUUGGAAGGCGUACCACUGGCCAUAACAUGGAUGCUGCUGUAUUUUCCAGCAAAUAUCCAUUCUGGUGUUAUUGACUUACUAUGUUCAGUGGCAAUCCCGUUGAUUUAUAAUAUAACCGACGACCAAGAAUCGUAUGCAGUUGACUGUAUUCCCUCUAUUUUAACACUGGUAUUUCAACAUGUAGAAAAAGUUGAAUACCAUGUAUGGGUAUUGGAGAGUUUCAUGUCAAGAAAAAAAGACUUAUACAAAGAUUUACUAAUGAUUAUAGCCUAUGGGCCUACAGAAGCUAGACUUCCAGCUGUUUGCUUAUUUUUCCAUUAUUGGCCAGAAAACUACCCAACAGCCUUUUAUGGGAAUCAAGUAUUACAACCAGUUCAUUAUACAUGGGAGUCUUGGAAACCAAUCACAUGUUACAGAAACGAUUGUCCAAACAAAACUGGAAAAGCAUUGGCAAUGAAGAUGACUGUGAAUCCGAAAAUUUCGAUUCAACAAAGUGGGAAGCCACCGCCGUUGUAUGUUUGCCUAGAUUGUGCAGAUGCGUUAAAUCGUCUAGAUUUUGAUCAGCUUGUGGAUAUUCUUUUGCCUACAAAGCAAAUCAGUCUGACGUGUGAGUCGAAGACAUGUCGCAGCAAGAAUAAUUCAGCUUCUGUUACAUGUUGGUCUAGCGGUUGUACCUAUCUGACAGGAAAUAGAGCUAUAAGACUAUGCGAAUUAUGUCAUACAAUUAGGCACAUCUACUCUGAUGCCAGUCAGUCGUCAGAGGGAAGAAAUAAGGAGACUGUUGAUACUAGUCUGAUGCAAAGUACUCCAGAUGUACCCACCAGCGAAGAUAAUAAUGCAACUGAUAAUGAUAACAGCAGAAAUAAAGAUCACAGUACAUCACAUAUAUAUCAGAGUUCACUACCAGAUGUUUGGGAUAUGUCAAUUGAUUCUCAACCCUGUAUGAUUCAAUCAAUAAUAUCACUAACAUUAGAAACAAUGCCACGAUGGCGUCAAGUAUUGUUGGGUGGUGUAGAGAAUGGAGAUGAAGUCACAAAUCGAGCUGUGACUGGAUUAACAUGCCCUGGUCCUAGUGCGCCUGGUGGGCCGACAUCUAGCAAUGAAAUGGUUAUGCUUGGAUUAAGUAGCGGAACUAUAAUUUCUUCAAAUUUAUCUGGAAAUCCAAUGGCCAAUACGACCACAGUCACAGUAGGUGGAGGUGUUGUUGCACAAACAUCUUUUAGCGAUUUUGGAACAGCACAAAUGACUGGAUUCACAACACGUAACCAAACAGGAGCUGGUGUAACUAGUAGUGGUGGAAUUGCUGGUGUCGCUAAUGGCUACGGACAUAAUUCAGGCGCAGAAACUGGAGCAAUAACUCUCCUUGGUCGCUACCGUGAUGAAGAUCAUAAAGUACUAGCAGUAUAUGGGGCCUUUCUGGUCGGUGAAAAAUGCAGACCUCGUGAACGAAUUAAUCUUGAAUUACUCACAAGAAUAACAGCUGGUAUUUUUAACUGGUUUCUCGAUACAAUUUAUACUGCUGAAGCAAGUAUUACCUUCGAUGGUCGAGGAAAUCUGAGGCAACGAUAUGAACUGGGUGAUUUGUUGGAACGAAUCAAAAGUGAGUAUAUUCUCAAAUGGAUUCAAGAAGUCCAACGUCUUCAUCCUGAAGCUGUGUUUGCAGUGUUACUCCCUCAUCCAUUGAAAUAUGCUCGAGUUGGAAGUUGUUGGGAUGCAAUAAGUGAUCACUUAUCAAGAGUCAAACAUGGACUGAGUCGUAUCGGUAGUCUGAUACCCUAUGAUAUCAUCACCUUUGAGACAUGGGACUUUGUCAUGCCGUACUGGUUAGAGUCAAUACGCACUGAAGUGUCUCGCAUGGAUUAUCCGGAGUUAGAAAUUCUACUCAAAAAAAUUUUUGAUGCUACUGCUGGACCGUUUCCUUUUCUUCCACAAAAAGUUUAUCAUUUUGCCAGUGAACGUUUCUUUAAUACUCCAGUCAGCGUACAAGAUCAAGCUUUAAGUUGGUUGGAGAUCUUGACAAUUGUAGAGGUUCCAAUCCCUAUGAAAGAACUUCUCACAAUGUUUGCAGCUGGUGUAGCCUCUUUGUACUUAGAAUUAUUAUUACCUUCUAGUGAAGAAUAUGAUGAUGAAGAUGAUAAUGAUAAUGUUGACUAUACAGAUUCAGAAGCAGAGGAUGAUUCACUCGGACAGAAUACAGUUAGUGAAGCUGACUGGUUAAAUGAGCACGGGAUUUUAUCAGAGAAAACACUGCAUGAUGAAGAUGAUGAUAUUGGUGGUGAGGAUCAUUUACACGAUGGAAAUGAAAGUGAUGUCUUCUCAGAAGAAUUUAGUCAUUCAAGAGGUGAUGAUUACUAUGAAUAUUUGGAUAGAAAUCCUGUAUCCACUGGGAAUCAAUUUUUAGUUGAUGAAAAUGAUUAUACAGAGGGUGAUGAAGAUCCAACAUUAGAUGAAACUAAAAGUUUAUUAUCAAGUAUUAUAGAAGACAAAAACACCUCUAAGCCAUUUACAUCUAUCAAUCUACGUAAAACAAGUAAACAGAAUCGUUCAAAACGUAUUCCACCAACAGAGUCCAGCAGUCGGCCUACCACUUCAUUAUCAGUAACUCAUGAAGAUAAUUCUGACAAGUGUGACCAAUCAACAGACAGUAAAGGUGAUGAGAGUACACAGAAUAAAUUAAAUCAACGUAAGCUCACCGUAGAAAAAGAAGUAAAACAGUCAAAUGAGUCUGAGACACCAAUUAUCCACGAUUUACCAAGUCAACAACAAACAAAGAAACAAAUUUCAAAUUCUCCGUAUAGAAUGACUGCAUGUUUAACGCAUAUGUUAAACAUUGCUUAUCGACAGUUAAAAAUCUUGGAUCCAAUAGGACAUUCUGGAUAUACACAAGAAACACCCAAUUUAUUAUUAUGGCUACUUGGUGACAUGUUAGAAUUAUAUUGGGGUAAUGUAGCCGAAACAGCGGAUCAAACAACAAGUCCUGGUUUAAGAAAUCUAUAUUGUAUUGGAAUGGAAACAUGUAUUCUACCUAAAUAUAAUAACAGAUUAACAAAUGAUGCAAAGCUGCCAGUCACAUCAGUACCAAUCUCUAGUAAUAAUAUUAAUAAUACUGGUGAUAAUAAUAAUUUACCUGGUGUAAACAAGGAAACGGAUGAGAUGCCCAGUGAAUGCAUUGAUUGUUUAGAUAUGUUGACAUGGUUUAAUUAUGCUAGAUUAAUAUGUCAACACUUAGCACCAAUUAGACCAACGCCUAAAGUUACAGUCGAUUUCACACUUGACUCAUUGGCGAAUGCUACAAACUUCCCGGAAUACACUGAAUGGGGUGAUUUCAAUAGUACUGGAAUAUUAGAAAACAAAACCUCAUCUGUUACACUAGAUAAUGCACAAAAGUGUCCUGCAUUACCUUCUUCUGAAGACUUAUGUUCAGUUCCACCAGUAUUGCGCCUUGUUUACUUAUUAACACGAUUUCUUAAAGAUGGUACACGUCGCUGUACUGAUCAUGAAGAUAUAAUUGCAGAAUCAGAUAAUUUUUUUCAGAGCACACGAUCAACUUCACUAAAGCCAUCAGUAUUAGAUGAACAAUCAAUUGCAUCAUCAUCACUAUCAUCUUCAUCCAUUGAUCAGGCAAAUGUUGAACUAAAAGUCUUUCGUGAUCCUGUUGUACUACAGUGUAUUUUAGAAUGUUUAGCUUAUCUAUGUCAUAUCGGUGAUGCAUUAAGACAAGUGAUAAUGAAAGCAGAAAGGGAAGAACAAAAACUGUCUACUGCCAGUUCGAGUAGUUCAACAUCUGCAACAUCUACUAAUCCAACCUCAACUAUGACAACAGGAGCAAUAAAUACUGGUGGUAUGCUGAAUACUGGAGGUUCCACUGCACUAGGAGCACAGACAGCCAUUGGCAUUAGCAGCUUAGUAGGAUUAGCUGGAAAUAAACUUCCGGGUCAAUCAAUUAGUCAGGAUUUAUUGAUCAAAGGACAGUCAAUACAGGCUACGAAAACUCUAACUUCCCGUAACUGUACUGCAACACCGAAAGCUCAAAAGAAUUUUGUCUACUACUUAAUUCACUCACAUUUGAUUCCAAGUUUAUGGAGUCUACUGAAAUCAGAGCUAUCACAUUUAGCCAGUUGGACAGUACCGUUAAUUUUACACUGUCUUUCAUUUCCUGGAGGAUUUAAUAUACUCUGGAAGUUGAUUGAACGUGAUUUCUCUCAUCAUGACUGGAGGAUUCGUUUUGACGCAAUAGAAAAAGUAUCUGUACUACUAAGAGAAUUAGACUAUUAUAUAUUAGCUGGUGGCUUUAGUGGUUCAGCUGGAAAUAAACUAACUCAUUUAUUAUCAGGUGGAAGUAUGGCAAGUUCAGGUGCAGUGAAUCUGUUCUGUAGACUAACAGGUGUAACACAUAUUGGACGUACAAAAUUUAAUGCUGGUCGUAAAAAUGUACCUAGUGGUCAUUUAGUAAGACAACAUGGGGGAACUAAUACAGAACCUACCAGUAAAAUGAAUACAAACACCAGUAAUAAUCGUAAUCCUUUAAUUCAGAGCGCAAUAGCACAUGCAUUUUGUUGUUUAAUUGGUUCAUUGGACGAUCCUAAUUCAAUGAUUGCUCAAUACACUGCAAUACAAUUAGCUUCAUUGCACAGUAUCUCCUUAGCUUGCGCCAUACAGUGUUUAGAAUUUCAAUUUGACACUGUUAUCGCUGAUCGUUGUCUUAUAUUGCAACGUAUGCAUCAGUUGAGUUGUAGUCUACCAAAUAAGCAAAUAUUUACUUGGGAUUUCUUUGUUAAUCGUUUUGGUCUAUUAGCUAUACAGGCACAGUUGGGGAAUACACCGAAUCAAGUUGAUAUUGAUUCAGUGACUGAUUUAAAUGGAUCACAUCGUACUGGUGAACAUUUUCAAAAUCAAUUUGAACGUGCUGCAUUUGCAAUCAAUAAGAGUACCGGUCUUAAAUCAAUAAGUUUAAAUUCUCGUGCCUAUUCUCUACGAUUCAGUGCACAUACAGUUGGUUGUUUCACUCAAGCACAACAAUCACAAACACAAUCAAAUAUGCAUCAACAAUUACUUUUGUCAAAUUCAACCUCAUCUACACAAUUACAAACGGAAGGAAAAGAUGGAAGUCAGAAACGAAAACAAUCUGUAAGCCAACCUGGAUCAAGUGAUUCACAUUAUACAGAUUCUAUUGCACCAGAAGGAAUACAAAGAUCACAGUUUAAAUUUGGUCAUGGGGCUAGGCGAUCACGACCAUCAAUCUCUUCUGUAUGCGGGUUAUUGACAGGUGGUUUACAAGCUGGUGAAUUUCUUGACAGCAAUAAUAAAUUCCUUAGUUCCAUACAACAAGCAUUAGAUUUAGACGGAAGUGAACGUGACACACUUCAUCAAUGGGUUCGCUUAUUGCUUAAAUUUAUGUCUACAGUUCAACUUGAUAUAAAAUUGGAUGAAGGUGGUACCAGUGGAUCUAGCGGUGGAGGAAGUGGUGGUGGAGGAGAUGGAGGAGUUGGCAGUGGGAUUGGUGGCUCCAGUGGAAGUGGUGGACGUCACAAUAUGGCAAAUAAGUCCAGAGAUGAGUUAAAAGAUCGUAAAGCUUUAAGCAAAGCUCAAAGACACCUGGCCUUCUUACUUGGUUAUACUGAUGGUUCUUUUGAUAUACCACCGCAUAAAAUGAGAAAUUCAACCGUUUUCCAUGCAUUUUUGGCACAUGUUGCCGGUGUCCUUGAUCGUAACUUCAGUAUGGGUUGUUGUAUUCUACAUCAAACUUUGGUUGUUUUACAAUUUUGUGCAUCACCUCAGCGUUAUGCUACUGACACACAACCACCAACAUUCACCUUGAAACUAUUAGAACCUCAGGUUAGGCUGCAUUGGCUUCAAACACUUCUAGUUAUCUUGUAUAAAUAUGAAUACAAUGCACCAGGUGGAAAUCUGCCAGGUAACAUGAACAUUUGCACCGGUACGUCGUAUAGUUCCAGUGCAUUAGGUUCACACAUCCCAUCUACUUCAGUAUCAAAUGUAGCUGGUGGAGGAGGAGCAUUUACUAGUAGUACUGUCAGAAUGCGUAAAAGAAGUUCAGAAAGUGAAGGACUUGUACAAAUGGAUGCUGGAACAGGGAAUCUAUCGUCUUCAAUGUCAGCUGCUGGUGGCAGUGGAAGUAAACCUGUUCCUGGAGGAGGUAGUGUUACUGGAAGCGGUGGUGGUGGUGGUGUUGGUAACAAUGUCGUAAAUGUUCCCAGUUCACAUCAAUUUACCCCAUCUAACCUUCUUGGAAGUGGGGGAGGUGCUACAAACAUAUUCUCGCCAUCAUCUUCAGGUAUUAAUUGUGGGACCAGAGGUAUGAUAGAAUAUUUAAUACAAAUUGUUCUGAACACUUUGGAUUCUCAUGUACACGUUUGCCGAGAUCGUCCAAACGAUGACCUAGUGGCACCAUUUAAUUCACAGCUGAGAAUAAGAGAGGCUAGUAAUGUGAGCACAGAUUUCAAUACAAUAGUGGAAACGGAAACACCACCAGCUACACCGGUUAAAGAAGAACACGAUGAUGAUGACGAUACAGUGGUCAUGCCUGGUGUAACCAUAAAUUUGUUACCAUCAUCAACUGAGUCAAAUGAAAAGUCUCAUUCAAAUUCCACCACAGGAAUGGAAAAUGACGCAGAUAAUCUUGGUUCAACUCAACCUGAUCUUGAUGAUUCACCUGGGGAAAUAAGGGUGAAAAAAAUCAGUUAUGAAAAGGUGAGUAUUUACGGAAAAUCAGGAGAUGAACAAGACACUGCAGAAGAUAAAGCAAUUAAUGAUGAUAGUAAUAAUAAUAAUAAUACGAGAGGCAGAAGAAGAAAUAUCUCCAAAAAUGAGAUAAACAAAAGAAAAUCUUUUGAUUUAAACCUGAGCAGUGGUUUAACGCAUAAAAAUUCUGGAUAUAAAAAAAUGACCACUUCAAAAUCAACCAGUUCUAUAAGUAAGCAUUUACAACAACAACAUCCUCAAGGUCAACAUUCAUCAAAUAAUUCACUGGUUUCAUUGAAGUCUAAAAUAGAUGAGGAUAGAAAUGAAGUGAAACAACUGGGUAUCAUAAAUGAUCCAUGCACUGUGACACGUGAUGAACAGUCAAUUGUUACACCACUUUUAUCGGACACUACUGAGUCAUCUUCAGUACAAGACAAAACUGAAGCAAUGAUAACACAAACAAGUGAAUCACAAGCAAAAGGUGGAUCGAAUGAAUGUAAAUCGCCGAAGAAAGUAACACUAAGAUUUCCUAAACGAGGUUCUGGUUCUAAUCUUCAAGAUGAAAAGAAGCUAAAAUCACUCAAAUCUGAUUCACCCAGUCAUAUCCAGUCAACACCAUUACUAGACUCAUUAAGUGACUCUGUUUCACCUUUGAAUAAAAGUAAACGUUCAAACAAUCAGCAAACUAAAUUCACUAUACCAACAACUUCAACUUUAUCUCAUCCAUUGGAUACAUCUGGUGAAGACAGUGUAUCACAGAGUAAAUUAUACUCCUCAAGUGAUAUACCACCAUCAAAUUCGUUAACAGUGAAUCGUUCACAAUCAGUUGCUGAAGGACUUUAUUUAUCUGAUAAUGUGAAGUUGGAUAGAAAGCAUGAAAAUAUCAAGAAAAAUAGUUAUACACCUUCACCAAUUACUCAAAAUACAACCUAUACAAGUGUUCACAAUCAUAUGCCAAGUACAAAUACAAAUACUCUGCCUAGUUUAACUACUGCUGCAAUGACUGUUGCACUAACUACUGAAAGAUGCCCAUGGUGUCAUUGUAUUCUGGAGCAUUAUGAUGAAAAUACACUUGGAUUAGGUAUACUCUGUCUAUCCACAUUUGUACAUCGUGAACCAAGUUUAGCAGCUCCAUACUUAAGAGAUAUGCUGUUAACUACGGCACGCUUAGCCAGUGCGUAUUUUUAUUCAUGGCAACCCGAACUUUCACAUGUGAUUAGUCCUGGGAAUGUGUCUAGCAUCGCUCGUCAAUUUCUUCGUUGCACAAUGUAUAAUCUAGCACCAAAUGGUCUGUUCACUCAAUUAUUCCAAACUCAUAUACCUGAUGAAAAUUUCUUCAAGGCGAUUAUAGCAGUGCUGGUUGAUUUUGAAGAUCAUAUGUCAUUCUUUCAACCCAUCAAUUUACUUCUGGAAUCAUUAAAUAAACAAAAGUCAAUAAAUGUUGAUACCUUGCCUGUUCUAUUAGAAAAUCUUGCCAAUUAUUUAGAAAACUUGCCUAAUUUAACUGAUGAUGCUAAAAUGAAUCAUUUUAUAGCCUCUGGAUGGACUGAUAUAAUUGGGCCAUUAGACUUAUUCAUGAGAAAAUUACCCACAGUCACACCGAUACCAAAUAAUCUGGCAACUACUGUACGUAUUAUGACUUGUGUGCUGCGUUCACCGAUCGCAUCCAAUUUCAAGACACUUCCAGAUACAUUUUCGAAUUUACUCCGGGUAAUUGUAGAAAAUGUACACUUUCGUUUGACUAGUGUCAUAGAACUAUGUUCAUUGAGUAAUCGAGUUUUAAAGGAUCGUACAAAAGCUCAGUUGACUAGAACACUGGUUGACAUAUUUCAUCAGUCAAUUAAAUUUCGUGCUUGCAUACCGGAUGAAAACUUGAUAAAACUACUUCAAUUUGUUUUGAUGGAUGCUGGUGGUACAAUAGAACCGAAUCAAGUAGUAGAAGGCAUAACAACACUCUUCAAUCCACAAACUUAUCAUCUAUUUCCAACUGGUGCAGCUGAACUAAUGAAACCUCAUCUACCUGACUGUUUGGCCUUUAUAUCAGAUAUUCAUACCAUGCAUAAAGUUAAACAAUCUCAGAAGUCAGCCGUUCAACUGAACAGCAUUGGAUGUGGUCUUGGCUCUUCAUCUGCAAUGACUGGUUCUGGUGUAUGUGGAGGUGGUAAUAACGACUCAAACACACUAGGAAAUAGUGGAGCGGCCUCCGGAGGUACUGGUACUGGUCUCUUCGGUGGAACGUUUAAUCCCUCGGGAGCAUCUAAUUCUGGACCUGGGGCUACGGGAACUAGCUCUGGCGUUGGAUUAGGGGCAGGUAUUCCAAGUUUACAUGAAGAUGUCUUAGGAGCACACUUGAAGUCAGGCCUAGCUCAGUAUGUCUCACUGGAAUUAUCAAGAUCUAACAGCGGAGGCGAUCAAGAUGUCUUGCCUCUGCUUGCGCCUGGAUUAUUAUCUGAUAUAAAGACUAUACGAACUAAUAAAACUGCAGCACCUGGGUUACCUUCCCGAUCAAAGACAUCCACUAAUGUAAUCGGAUCAAAUGUUGCUACAGCUGGAACAUCCGGGAAGAAUGUAAGCUUAUUAACAGAAAGUGGACAUAUUACUAGUUCCGAGCAUACAACCACACAAGUAAAAACUAGUAAGACCAGUGGACUAAUUACCAAACAAAGUGACGCUCAUCCAGAUCCAGCAAUUAUAAUUAUUACCCAACCAGAUGCCGUUACCCCAACCAUUUGUAAAUCCAGUGAUACAGAUCACCCGCGUUUAACAGCAUCGGCCUCGGCAUCAUCAGGCAAAGGACUAGAUAGUAGCACUCCCAAACUACUGGCCCCUUCGCUUUCUAAUCCACCACUGGGAAGUUCAUCUGAUCAAAUUUCUUCUUCUACUGCUUCAGCAUGCACAUUAAAUUCAACUUCACCAAAUUCUAUAUCUCCUACAACAUCUACCACUCCUAUAGUACCUAGUCCUAAUUUGACCAGUCCUCGUCAACCAACCUAUGCACAUGUUAUGUUAGCUCCACCACUUUUGCAUACAAGUCAUGCUGAAGCACCUAUACUACAAUAUUUACCAUGGUUAAAGUCUACUCCACCGUCAUCUCAAUUAGGACCAAAAGAUUUUCUCAUUAUGGUUGAAAGAGUACGUACAUUGUCUUGGCUAUUACUCGGUGCAACAAUGAAUAUGGCAUUGACACGUGAAGCGACCGGUUUAUCUUGUCGUCCUAUACCAUUCAGCUUAGUUGUUUCAGUAGCAGAUUUAGUCAAAGCUUUGUUAAGUGGAUUUCCUGACCAACAGAAACAAUCUGUUACUGUGAUGUCUUCAUUGUAUCAUGUGUUUCUACUGUGUCAGGUAUGGACUAUUUAUUGUGAAACAGUUGCCAGUCUGUCACCAGUGAAUUCAAAUCAACAUAAAGCUGCUAUGGCUACAGCAUUUGAUUUUUGGAUAAGAAUAAUGCCAACUGUUUUACGCAUAUUAUCUAUUUCUGAAGAUUUUGUAAUUGUUAGCGGUCGCCUGUUAACUGUGAUUGAAGAGCUUAUUGAAUGUCAAUCAUCUUUAGUUUCAAAGCUGUUUACCUUAUGGAUACCUCUUCUUCACGGAAGGCAUAGACAGCUACCCGGUAACAUGCUCAAACGUCUACAAAAAUGUAUAGAAUGGGAACCUCCUGAGCCAUAUAAUCGAUUAUUGCUGCUGUUGUCUAUACCGGAUCCACUGAUCAACAAUCGUUUUCUAUCAGGAACAACAAUGGGUCAUUAUGACAAUGCAUCGUCUACAAAUAUUAUUGGGACAGGAAGUACAACAUUCCCAUCAUCAAGUAAUGAAAAAGCGUUAAUUCAUCCAACUAAUUCAUCCUUACCAGGAUGGACUGAAAGUUCUUUACUGGCUUGUCAAUGUAAUUCCCUAAUGGGAUGUAAUUUAAUUUCAAAAUCACUGAAAGAAUGUCUUACGGAAGGUGUUAAUCUAACCGGUAAUGCACAAUGCAUUGGACAUGCAUUAGCUCCAAGUGCACCUUAUGCUAAUGAUGGAACAUCUGAUGGUAUUGGAUUAGAAGCUGGUGCUAUGGGUUCAGAUCUACUGACGAGUCGUUUAGUUGCAUGGUUAAAAAAGCAUAUAUUUGUACUAGGACGUAAUGAAGACCAACACUCCACAGCUACACAUAUUUUCGUUCAUUAAAAUCAAUUCUAAUGAUUCCAGUUUUUUUUGAUUGAUAGUGUGUAUUGAUAUAUAUUUUUGAAAUACUGUGAUGCAGAUUUUCUCAGAUCUAUUCACUCACUCAUUCCUAUAUCCUUAUCAUGUAUACUAUCAAGAUUAGAGGACUAUAAAUAAUAAUAAUAAACAUACUACGCAAUUGCUUGAUUUUCUUUAAUAUACUUAAAAUGAACAUACACCAAAAGUAAACACUUAAGAUAUGUCCAUCAGAAUUCUGUAAAUAGACGAUGAAUGCAACUCAGUGACUAUAUGUUAAGUUAUCAUUCACUCAUUAGUUAUUCUGUCUAAAAUUUCAUUGUUGAUGAGACAAUCGGGAAUAACCUUGCUUUGAUAGACUUAUGUUAACGUAAUCUGUAUUGGUUAGCGGUAAAGUAAAAUUCGGGUCGAGAAAAGAUUCAAAUCAUAGAACUCCUAAUCUGAGACUUUGCUGACUUAAGGGGUACCUAUUUACUAUGGUGGUCAUCAUUCUACUACAAUUACUGAGGGUUUCUACUCAGCUGUCAAACAAUUAACUGCUUACAGCUACAGUAGCUAGCUAGUGCAAUACUCAAGAAAUAUU